AUGACUUCCGGAGCGCCCAAGCGCGUCCUCCUGCUGGCCGUCGACGACUCAGAUAUCCACCUCCUGCAUGUGGUUCCUGUGCCGCUGCCUGAGAUUGUAGGCGGCCUGGGCGGGAUGGACACGGGCCUCGUGUCGGUGGAUCCCGACCCGAAAGAGGACAUUAAGCAUAUCUCGGAUGCCAAGGAGUUUAUCAAGCGCCGUUUCGUGACCAAGGUUGCCACGAAAAACAUUGCCUACAAGGUGGAGAUUGUCCACUUCCUCACCGACAAUGACUCCAUAGGGGAGGCCAUUGUCACACGUGCGGCCGCGCUGAAGGCCGCGGCCGUGGUCCUCGCCAAGCACCAGCGCGGCGCCAUCGCCGAGUUCUUCAUGGGCUCCGUCACCAAGUAUGUGACGCACCACAUCAAGCAGCCUGUCAUCGUCCUGCACUGA